AUGACUGCGGCUAAAGCGUAUUCUCUUCUUUGUAAAAAGGAGAAUGCACAUGAAGAUCCAAUUUACUGUUGUGCUUGGACGAAAAUUAUGCCAACUGGUGACUCUAAUGAAAAAGCAAAAGAUUAUAUAGUAACAGCUGGACUGGAUGGCAUCUCAAAAGUGUGGGAAAUAAAGAAUAAUAAGCUGGAAUUAUUGCAUGUACUGAAAGGACAUAGUAUGGCUAUUGUGUCAGUUGCCAUAAGCCCAGAUGGAUAUACAUUGGCAACCACCUCUCUAGACUCAAUUCUAAUAAUUUGGGAGUUAUCAACUGGAAACAAAGUUCAUGAGAUUGAAACUGGUUCAAUUGACACAUGGAAGGUGGCAUUUUCGCCUGAUGGCACCAAGGUAGUGUCAAGUACUCAUACUGGAAAACUUAUUAUCUAUGAUGUGGAGAAGAAAAAUGUCUUAAAAGUUCUUGAUACUAGAGCAAAAUUUGCUUUAUGUGUGUCAUGGAGUAAAGAUAGCAAGUUUAUAGCUAGCGGUAAUGUUGAUGGAAAUAUUUGUAUCUUUGAUGAAACUCAGGGUAAAUUAAUUCACACAGUAGAAGCACACACAGAAGGUGUUAGAAGUAUUGAAUUUUCACCAAACAGUAAACUAGUUAUCACUGCAUCUAGUGAUGGAUUUGUCAAGUUGUUUAAUGUCGCUAGUGGUGAUCUUCAAGCCAGUUUAGAGCUCAAGACCUGGGUUUUACAAGCAGGCUUUUCACCUGACGGCGCUUGCAUAGCGGCGGGAACUGGUGAUGGGGAGGUGGUCAUUGCGUCAACUUCCGGCCUUAAGAUCUUAAAAACUUUUCAGGAUCAUAGUAAAAUAGUGUGGGGCGUACAGUUUAAUUCGUCGAGCGAAAAGGUUGUUUCAGUAUCAAAGGACAAAUCUAUCAAUAUUUACGAGUGCCCGAAAUUACAGACUAUUAAGAAAUGA